AUGUCGGAUAUAUUCCGAAAGGCCUCACGGCAGGUCGCCGCGGCUCCCUCUCCAGAGCACUCCUUGGCCGCGGUGAGGGUUAUCCCCGCGCAGAGUCUACCGCCACUUCUGACAGUAGAUAUACUGCACUGCAUAGCGAGCAACCCUCGGCCGUGCAUCGCGCAAAUCGGCGGAUUUCGCGCCACCAAACGUCCGCGUAGCCCACAGGACGCGACCAAGCCUCCUGUGCAGUGGAGGGAAACGUCACUGGAUUUGCUCUCCCCGAUGCCCGCGACGACGCCGGAAGGGGAGCCCAGGGAGAACUCAACGCAAGGCGGGCCACACUCCUCCAGUCGGGAUGAUGGGAAUCAGGCGGCGGGAUCAUGCGAGUCGACCUUCUUUUGGCCAGAUGGCAUGGCCACGCAGGAGCUGGCCCUCACGCUCGACCACCUUCUGCAAGGACGCUCCGUAGCCGUCUUCGGCCUCGCUUCUAAGUACCCUUUCCUUCAGCACGUCACCCAAAGCGCGGAGCUGCUCUCUGGGUUCGUAAUCAAACGAAUUGACGCGAGUCGCGGGAGCCCGUCUUUCCAGACACAUUACGGCACUGCGGCUGUCGUGCAUCAGCUUCGCGAGGUACGCGACCUCUUGCUCGACACCGCCCCCCAGGCGCCGGCCAAGCGCUCUUCUCCACCGACAAGCGGUGGUUGGAACCCCGGCGCGGAUCGCUCGCACGCGAUCAACGUUGAUGACGAAACGAAUUCCUUUUCGGGCGUCAAAUGCUCCGGAAGAGAUCCUCCCACGUGGUGGGAAACGGAGGCGGAGGGCCUGAGCGCCGGUGGUGGCACCGCGGUGCCCUUCUUCGACCUACUCCAUCCCGGUGGCGAGGGUGGGGCUGACGGCAACAGCGGCGAUUCGAACGGCGUGGAAGGCAGUGAUGCGUAUCCACAGUUGUUUUCUUGCCGAAAUCGACCCGUGCACACGUCGCUAGCGGAAGAUCUGGUUGAAAUCCCGCAGGAAGAGACCAUAACGCAGCGCUUACCGCCGCCAUAUCGCCCGAAGAGUGGCAGCGAUAGGAUUGGGUAUGGCCACAGUGGCCAUCCGGUAGAGCCGCAAGAAGGGGAAAUGGGCGCGUCUUGGCAAAGGGGGGGAUUCCCCUACGAGCUGUGGGUCCCGCCCAUCCGCUUUGUCAGCGAUGCAGCGCGGCAGACGUGGUUUAAGCGUUGUCGUGGGCACGUCAACCGUUGCGUUCGGUGGAAUGUGUUACCUUCGAUCAUGGCUUGGCGAUCGAUGCCGUGCCCGCCGUCGGCUCGCGCCCCCUUUGGCGUGGUUCCUACGGCAUCGGGAAAUAGAGAAGUGGGGGGGUGGGUUCGCGCGCUCGCCGAGAGAACCCCACGCCGCGUGCUCCUCGCUCUACACAAUGUGGAUCUUCUCGGUCCGGCCAGUGAAGCCGCGCUGCUGGAGCUCUGUCGGGAGUUUGCGUAUCCUCGUAUGCGCCUGGUGCUUUUGCUCUCCUUUGAUAAUCCGCAGUGGCCGCUUACCGCGCGGGCAGCCGCAUUCGGGCAGUUUCAGCUGGUGCUCGUGCACCUCUGCAACCCCCUUCUGCCGCGGGUUCAUGAGAUGCGGUCCUUAAACAGCCUCGGCGUCCUCACCCAGCUGGAGGCAUCCACCGCGGGAAGAGGUGGGGCCACGGCUGGGUUCGCGAAGGGACGAAAUCGGGCACCGCUGCGCGACACCAUCCGCCGUAUUCUCCUCAGUCUCCCUGCGGGCUUCGCGGAGCUCCUCCGCGUGCUGAUCGCAACCCAGGCAAAGCACGGCGAAGCGGCGUCGAUUCCGAUCUUCACGAUCGAGCAGGAAUUUGAGGCGCACGGCAUUAUGGUCUCCCACGGGCGAAUGAAGGCAGUGCAGCGUGAGUUGACGUCGAAUCGCCUAGCAGUGUAUAACCCCGCAGAGCACGCACUCCACAUUCCCCAGUAUCGCAGACUACAGGAGGUGUUGGAGGAGGUCAACGCAAUGCGGAGUGGGGGGGUCGAGCAGCGAGGAUUUGCGGAAACUGUGUAA